CUCAUCAGACGUCUCUCCUGCUCUGAAGGAAGGAAACAUUCCACCACCCCGAUGGCUGAUAACUGCACUCCAAGCUUCAAGGCAGCUGACCUGGUUAUCCAGCUGACCUCCGCUCCAAAGCCCAUCGUGGACUUGCCCACGUUCGGGACUGUCUUCACUGACCACAUGCUGACCAUAGAGUGGAGUGCGGCUGAAGGCUGGCAGGCGCCGCUCAUCAAGCCCUUUGGGAACCUGUCAUUCCACCCGGCCUGUUCAUCACUACACUACGGCAUACAGCUCUUUGAAGGGCUGAAGGCGUACCGUGGGGAUGACAACCGACUGCGUCUCUUCAGACCGAUGCUCAACAUGAUCCGCAUGUCCAAAUCGGCUAAGAGAGCUUGUCUACCUGCUUUUGAUGAGUUGGAGCUGCUGGAGUGUAUCAGGCGACUGGUAGAGAUUGACCAUGCCUGGACUCCUCACUCAGACUCAGCAGGUCUGUACAUCAGACCAACAUUUAUUAGCACUGAGUCUACUCUGGGCAUGAAGAAGCCAACCCGUGCCUUGCUGUAUGUGAUCAUGUGUCCAGUGGGCCCUUACUUCAACACUGAGGCAGAGGCCCUGUCCUUGUGGGCCGACCCAAAGUACACGCGGGCCUGGAAAGGAGGAACUGGAGACUGCAAGAUGGGAGGGAACUACGGCUGUUCCUUCUUUGCCCAGUACGAAGCAGGGGAUUAUGGGUGUCAACAGGUGCUGUGGCUGUAUGGAGAUGAUCACCAGAUCACUGAGGCAGGAACCAUGAACAUCUUCCUGCACUGGAUCAAUGAGGAUGGAGAGGAGGAACUUGCAACUCCACCUCUGGACGGUAUCAUACUCCCAGGUGUAACCCGACAGAGCGUCCUGGAGCUAACCAAGAAAUGGGGUGAGUUUAAGGUGACAGAGCGCUACCUGACCAUGAGCCAGCUGUGCUCUGCUCUGAAGCAGCAGCGGGUCAAAGAGUUGUUUGGCUCCGGUACUUCCUGGAUAAUCUGUCCCAUAGGGCGCAUCGUUUACCAGGGAGAGAGCUUUCUCAUCCCCGCUCAGGAUAAAAACUCACAGCUGACUUCACGGAUAGCAAAAGAACUCACAGAUAUACAGUAUGGACGCACACCCAGCGACUGGACCUUCCUGGUGUAGCAGUGAUGAAGAGGCCUGAAACACAGACAUACACACACAAUGACCAGCGUGUGUAGAACAUAAUCAAACUAUUACGCAACAACCAAAGUCAUACUGUAAAUGUGCAUUAAAUAGGAAACAAGUAUCUGCAAUAUUUGUAGUCUAACUGCAAUAUGCUGGAGAACAACUCUGUGGCAAGAGUGUCAUUCCACUUUACCUCCUUUUAAACUUAAUUUAAUGACAAACACACAACUGUCCAAAAUAAUUAACAAAAGUAGGCUAAUGUCUCAUGCAAUACUGCACAAUAACUUACACUAACCCAGCCACCAUGGCUUAUACUGCUGCUUCUCAUCUCCUUUUCCGACCAGCAUCCAGGACAAAAGCAACUGCAAGGGGAUUGAGUUUUAUAGUUUAUAGUGAAAUACAGUGCAGACUAUUAUGUCAUAGUCCUGUAAUGACCCUGUAAUGAGUGGAGCUGCUUCUCUUUGGUAAGGCAUCUGACGGUAGAGAUGAUGGUGUUGCUACUCAUAGCUGGUUUUCCAGGUUUGGGUCAGUCAGUCUUGAGCAGAACUGAGUUUUUGCAAGAAUCAACUCUGAAGAGCGCUGCUCUCAGUAGUAGAAUGCCGCUGAGCUCAGAGUCCCAUGUUGUUGGUUGUCAGGCACAGCAGCUGGUUCCACAUUAAACUGCAAAUAUGCUCAGUUGCUUUCGUUCACAUUUCAUGUCCGGAAACCACUCACCAAACGCCUGAAGGAGUUUUCACACUCAGCAGUGUAUCCAGAAUAGGAACAUUUUCAAUGUUUCCACUUUCCAGCUGCACUUGGCACAGCUUUAACUUCACCUCAAAUGAUUUCUUAUUCGAAAGGAUAGAGCCAAAGCACACAGACUGAGUUUCCAUGUCAGGUUUUCUUUCAUCUCUAUGAAUUAUUCCAGACAAACUGACACUUUUCAUCAAUUUUACUUUGUCCAGCAGCUCCACAGCAGCAACAAUGCCCUCCUUCACAAAUUCUCCUUCUUAGCUUGUUAACUUUUAGCUCGCUCAUCACAAAACCUGCCUGCAGAACAGUGUCUCUGUCAGAAUGUGGUCUCGUGAAAGCUCCUUGUUGGGCACCCAAACUUCAUCCAAGCAGAUUUUUCCUCGCAGCUCAAGCAAACACCCGGAUUCGCUCCGAAUUCUUCUCUGAUCCAGAGCCAUUUACCAGCUGGAGGAGAGCUCAGAAUUUGUUUUUUUAAACUUCUUGGAUUAAAAAGUGGAAUCAUCCUCACUUUCGCUUCUUGACCUGUCUGCAGCAGCCAGCCGCAGAAAAGCCUGUACCUCUUUAUAAACACAUGUUAACACCUGUUAAUGUAGCACAAUAAAUGUUCAG